AUGGGUGAGGUUUUUCCUAAGGAAAGUUUCCUGAAGACGGUGAAUCUGAGCUGUGAUUCGCAAAAGGGGAAGAGAAGAUUAGAAAUAGCACUUUUUUUCCCCAAAUGCCCUAAUACAAUUGGGGCCUCCUUCCAUGUUGAAAAUACGUCGCUGUGGAAAUCUUUUAUCAAACACGGCCAAUCCAGUCAGAUGCCAAGGGAGACGGCUAAUUUAGGCGGCAAGGGGGAGUGCAGGCAUGCAUUGAGGCUUGCAUUUGAGGCGGGCUGGCACGAGGCGUUGCGGCGAGAAUUUCCACGUGCGUCUCCCGGGCCCGAGGAGCGGGGGCGACGGAUGGGGCGUCCAGAGGGCGGCUGUCCCGGGCCCGGCCCGGGAGGAGGAGCCGGGGACAGGCAGAGCGAGGGCGGAGGCGAGAGCCGCGGGCCCGGGCACCCGUUUGCGGGCCGGGCCGGGCCUGGCCGGGCCUGUGCGGUCAGGCUGGGGGGCCGCGGCCGGGGGGGCCCGCCGGUUGGCAGGCUGGGGGCCCGGGGACGGGCCCGGGGACGGGGGCGACGGCGGGGCCGGCGGGAGGCCGGCGAGGGCCCCGCGCUCAGGAUGGCGGCCGCCGGGACCAUCACCACCCUGCCCGACGCCGGGCCCGCCGCGGGGCCCUUCGCCCCGGGAAACUUCAAGGAGCCCAAGCGCCUCUACUGCAAGAACGGAGGCUUCUUCCUGCGCAUCCAGCCCGACGGAAGGGUGGACGGGGUCCGGGAGAAGAGCGACCCGCACAUCAAACUGCAGCUUCAGGCAGAAGAGAGAGGAGUGGUGUCUAUCAAGGGCGUGGGUGCAAACCGCUAUCUCGCUAUGAAUGAAGACGGCCGGUUGUUGGCUUUGAAAUGGGCAACCGAAGAAUGUUUCUUUUUUGAACGCUUGGAAUCCAACAACUACAACACAUACCAGUCCCGGAAACAUUCCAAUUGGUACGUGGCACUGAAACGAACUGGACAGUGUAAGCUCGGCCCCCAAACGAGACCAGGACAGAAAGCCAUCCUUUUCCUCCCGAUGUCCGCCAAGAGCUGAUUGACUUUACCUGGAUCACCUAACUCUGACACCACAUCCAUGGGAGGUAGCUUACAGUGGAAACACGAGCCUAUUUUUGUGGUCAGAUUUGGACAAUAUUAAACAAAAUAGUUCCAAAUAACCUUUAGGAAUGAACCAACAGUAAUUACACCCAUUGGGCAAAUAUGAAAGAUAAAGUAUUUGGGAAAAGCUAUGUAGAAAUUUUUAACUAAUAACCACAUCUACUUUCUACUUGGCAAAUCCUACUUAGAGUUAUGAUUUGUGCUUUAUGUUUUGCUUUUUCAUAAUGGACUCUAAAGGAUGUGCUUUUUACAGGAAUAUUUACCCUUAGAGAAAUAAUAUAAUAAUAAUUAUAAUAUAUCCAUAGAUCUUAGGAAAAGAAGUAAAUGUUCAAUCAUCACCAAAACAAAAAUCCUUUAAGAAGGCACAUGUUAGUUCUAGAUGUAACACUUUUAAAUUAUUAAUACACAAAUGUGAAUUAUUACAGUCCUGCUCUACGUUCCCCUCCCUGCCCUCUGGCUCAUUCCUUGUCGCUAUUUCCAGAAUCAGCCAGUGUAAACUGCUGGACCUCCUCUCAAUCAUCAGCUCCUUCUCUGUCUCCAUAAGGCAUCAGUCUAAACUGUUCAGGUAGCAGAUCUGCACUUUGUCCCACGCCCUGUUGAGGUAGCAGAUCUGCACUUUGUCCCACGCCCUGUUGACCAGGCCACUGAGAUUCCUCUACUCAUGCGUGUGUUGACAAAAUUCAAUUUUGAAGAAGGAAGGCCGCAAGACAGAGGCUAGACUCGUCAGGACUUCUCAGAAGCUCCCAUUUUAAACUCAGAAGGGACUUGAACUCUAACUCGAUUCUAGUCUCUGCAGAAACCUCCCCAACUGCCCUACUUCCGGGGGGAACUGAAAAACGUAGGAUAGACUACCUUAAUGAGGAGUGUGUGUUUCAGCACUCAUCUCAGGAGUUUUUCCACUGAGGAGGCCUCCGCUAUGUGCAGUGGUAAAAAUCACCUUCGAGGCACAAAGCUUUAAAAUGGUUGGCGUGAGCAAGCUUGGUUCUUGCACUUCUAAGAAUGAGAGACUGCUGGAUUAUCUUCAGUUCCCCCAAAAAAUAACCGACUCUACAAAAUGAUUUUUUUCACAUGACAUGAACGAUAACAGCGCUGUCCUGAAAUGGCUAUUCUUGGCAGGAUUUUCAACCCAAAUAAGACACAUGGCUUUAUGUGUUUCUCUCUCAAUCAUAUUUAUUGAGCGCUUACUGUGUGCAGAGCACUGUACUAAGCGCUUGGGAAGUACAUCUCUCCCCUAGUCAAGAUGGUAUGAUAUAACUUCAGCAAUUUCCCAUGUUGCUUCUUGUCUAACAUCUAUCAUUCAGUCCCUGGAGGACUUGCAUGUAAGUGUCCACACUGAAAUAACCCUUUCUGGGACAGAUCCUGAAAUAUGGAAGUGUGGGACAGCUGCAAAUCAAUCCAUUUGAAGGAUGUUUUCCCACAUCUCUGGAUAAUCUAGAUAACUAUAACUCAAGACUGUAAACUCACUGUGGGCAGGGAACAUAUCUACUGACUGUUGUACUGUACAGUCCAGUGCUCUGCAAACAGUAAGAACUCAAUAAAUAGUAGAAAAAGGACCACUAACUAUUAAGUGAUCAAGCAUGCAAAAAAUGAAGUUUGUAUACAUGAUCGCUAGAAGUAAAAUUUUAAGUAAAACUAAGCUCAGUUCCUCUGUACAGCUUUAUGAGAAGGUGCUUCUGUGGGUGCGGUAGAUAUUAGGGUUCUAAUUAGGGUUUUUAGGGUUCUAUUAGGGUUCUAGUUUGGGUGACUGUUGAAACCCACCAGUAAGAUCGGUCUGUCCGAUAUGAACUCCGUUCAUUUCUCUGCAGCCUGAGUGAUCAAAUGUCAUUGGUGACUGUUGAAACCCACCAGUAAGAUCGGUCUGUCCGAUAUGAACUCAGUUCAUUUCUCUGCAGCCUGAGUGAUCAAAUGUCAUUGUAGUACAGAAGACCGCAUCCACCUCUGCUCAUCACCUAGCAAUGUCUGUCAUUUCUUUUUCGUUUAACAUUGUAUUUUGAGGGAAUCUCAGUCUGCCAAGCUUCAGGAUAUUGUAUGCAGCAGAAAAACCGAGGAAAUGUACUCCAAAAGAUCAGUUUGGUAUACCGAAGUAUCACAUACACAGUGUCCUUUCCUCUAAAUUCGGACCCGCUCCGUAAUUGGAAGGUAGCUGGCAGGCCCUUAGAAAUGUUCCAAUCUGGGUACCCAUUGGUGACCCUGGCUAGGGAAAGUCUGAAUUCCUUCUGUUGACUGGGGCCAAUGUCAGGAGGUGAACCAGCAAGCCUAGGUGCCAAGUCCAAGGGGAGCACUGGGGGCGGGUGGCUGAAAAAGCCAGCCUGUUGGCCCUCUGAAGCCUGUGCCCUCCCCGUCAGUGCCCCCUCCAAUCCUACUUUUGCUCAACUCCCCUCUUCACAAUGAGAAGGUGACACCUGAAAAUCCCAUGAGUAUUUUCUCUGAGGCUGCCUCUCCAACUGCCACCUAGAGUUAAAACCCAAAACUUGUUACUUCCCCUCCCCUCCUAGGAAAAGGGGCAGUGGGGUCAAUGUUCCUGGGCACUUUCCUUGGGGGUGGGGGGACUGCAAGCAGAUUCCCUCAAAGCUGUUCGGGAGGAAGGGUUUUCCUUCGAUAGAAACUGCGUGGGGUUUUAGUCGAUGGGGUUCAGAAAUUGAUUGAAAGGAGGGAAACAGCUCCUGAAUGUCUGGAAUUAUUGUUUUCCCCAUGUUUGCUGCUAGUUGACUAGUUAAAGAAAUAGGGGAUUCUUAAAGAAGCUGCUAUAAACAAGACAUAUUCUGUAUAAUCUUAUAUUUAACCAAUGUAUUCUACUUUGAAGUGUCACCUUAAAAACCACCUUGUAGCAAUUUAAUCAGCAAAUAUAUUAUGGAUGUAUUACAGUUGUAUUCUUCAAAUGAUAUAUGUAAAGUAUAAUUGCUUUUCAAGCUCGAGUGAAUAAAUAGAUUUAUAAUUUUAACUGGG